AUGUCUGGCAUCCCCGAUAUCCCAGAGACAUACGAUGAUCUCCCUGACAAAAGUCGCUUCUGGCCUGGAGCCGCAGGCUCAGAGGAAGAAGGUCUUGGAAUGCUUCGACUCCUCACCCCGGAGAUAGUUGCACAAGCUGCGCAAUCCCAAAUCCAAACUGGCGAGCGCGUAUGCUUAAACUGGAACAUGGAGAAUCUAACUCCACCAGGAUUCGGCCGCAAACCAUUCGAGCACCGCGUAAAAUGGGUCGCAGAAGGUGUCGCCUUUGACGACGAGUAUCAUUUCAACCCACAGCAAUCCUCCCAAUGGGACGGACUGCGACACCACAACGCGCCAGCACCCACACCCGAAAACAAAGACCGACGCGUAUUCUACGGCGGCACAACCGCCGCCGAAAUCCAAGAUGAGAAGUCGUCACGCAUUGGAAUCGGGCACUGGGCAAAGAAAGGCAUAGCCGGUCGCGGCGUGUUAAUUGACUACGUCUCAUACGCAAAGAAGAAGGGCAUCAGUCUGAACGCACUUACACGCCAGAUGAUCUCACUGGACGAGGUCCUGGAGAUCGCGCGCGAGAGCAACAUCAAGUUUCAGAAAGGAGAUAUCUUCUUUUUGCGAGUUGGUCUACCGGGGACGUGGGAGGGUAUGUCGGGCGAGGAACGAUUGGCCUAUUCGCAGCAAGGAAUGCCACAGCAUGCGGGGAUUGAGCAGAGUGAGCGGGUUUUGAGAUUUAUAUGGGAUAAUCACUUUGCAGCCGUGGCUUCUGAUGCAGUUAGCUUUGAGGUUUAUCCUGCUCUUAACCCUGAUUUUGAUUUGCAUCAUUAUCUGCUGGCUGGUUGGGGUAUUCCUAUUGGGGAGAUGUUUGAUUUGGAGGAGUUGGCUGCCACAUGUGAGCGUUUGGGUCGUUGGAGCUUCUUUAUCUCGAGUAGUCCGUUGAACUGUUCUCGGGGUGUGUCUAGCCCGCCUAAUUGUAUGGCUAUCUUUUAG